AUGGUAUGCGAGGGCGGGAGUUCGAGCCCGGCAUCGCCCCAUGGGCCUCGGACCCGUCAUUGCCCUACCUGGGCCUCAGUGUCCGAUUUUAAGUGGACGGAUAACGCCCUCCGGGAGGCCUGGCCCCGCAGGGCCCGCCUCGGUGCUGCGCGAACGAGGGCUCCUUCGCCGCCCCGCAUUAAUGCCCGCGUUCCGGACGCCUGCCCGUCACCGGCGGGGCCCGGAGGUGCAGCUGGGCCCUUGCUCCCCCACCAGAAUUCACAUUUCGGCCCAGUCGCUCACUACAGGUGUGACCUUGGGGUAGAGCCAGGGGAGGAGCUGGAGGAGGAGGACUCUCCAGGCGGCCGUGAGGAUGGCUUCACUGCUGAGCACCUGGCUGCCGAGGCCAUGGCGGCUGACAUGGACCCCUGGUUGGUGUUUGAUGCCCGUACCACACCUGCCUCCGAGCUGGAUGCCUGGUUAGCCAAGUACCCACCGUCCCAAGUUACCCGCUAUGGGGACCCCAGCUCACCCAACUCUGAGCCAGUGGGCUGGAUUGCAGCCUAUGGGCAGGGCUACAUCCCCAACUCUGGCGACGUGCAGGGCCUGCAAGCAGCCUGGGAGGCUCUGCAGACCAGUGGGCGGCCCAUCACCCCCGGUACCCUUCGCCAGCUGGCCAUCACCCACCACGUGCUCUCGGGCAAGUGGCUGAUGCACCUGACACCUGGCUUCAAGCUGGACCACGCCUGGGCUGGCAUUGCUCGGGCCGUGGUCGAGGGCCGGCUUCAGGUGGCCAAAGUGAGCCCACGGGCCAAGGAGGGUGGGCGCCAGGUCAUCUGUGUUUACACGGACGACUUCACGGACCGCUUGGGUGUGCUGGAGGCAGAUGCAGCUAUCCGUGCGGCAGGCGUUAAGUGCCUGCUCACCUACAAGCCUGACGUCUACACCUAUCUGGGCAUCUACCGGGCCAACCGUUGGCACCUCUGCCCCACUCUGUAUGAGAGCCGUUUCCAGCUGGGGGGCAGUGCGCGAGGCUCCCGUGUGCUGGACCGCGCCAAUAAUGUGGAACUGACUUAGUGGGGCCGCCUGUGGAAGACCACCCUCUGCGCCCCCUGCUAGGGAUGCGUCCUCCUGUCUUCCUCCUCCCUGUCCCAAGGGGGCCAAGUCCCCCAGCUCUGAGGACUAGGUCACGCUGGAACUGCCUGCAUCUUCAAUCCCUUUGAACUUCUGCCCUCUGUUCAGGGCUGAUUAAGUCCCCAUCAGCUGGAGGCUCUGGCUCUCUGAGGGCCGGACCCUCAGACUCUCUGCUGCUGCUCCCCUCUGCCAUCCAGGACCACAAUCUGGGGCCAGACCCCCAGGAGGAGAACCCUUCUUGGCCAUCCUCAUCCUUGGUUUUACCUUCCCUUCCUGCAUCCCUCCCCGUCUUAUCUUUCUCCCUCACAAGAGAGAAAACUUAGUGCUUCCAGUCCCUCCUUGGAGCAGAGGCCCUGCAGGUCCGAGCAUGCCAUUUUUUGGAGGGAGGGGGGGUUGAUUGUACCCACUCAGCCCCUGGCAAAGAAAGGGGAUGCCAGGGCCAUGGACAUGGGGUCUACCCUCCCUGUCGCCUCACAGUCUGCACCACCUUCCCCCCUUCCUUCACUACCUUGUCAUGUGCCUGCUCUUGGCAUUUCAAUAAAACCCAGCUUGGGUCUGUGU